AUUAAUGUCAAAAUCCCGUAGUCAAUCUUCAAUACCUGCAUUUUUAUAGAAAACUUAUGAUAUUUUGGAAGUAUUUUGAAUUUAUAAAGCAAAGAAUCCUUAAUUAUAAGAUAUAGUAGGUUGGAAUGAAGAUGGUUCAGGUUUUUUGGUGAAGAAUGUAAUAGCAUUUUAAGAUUAAGUGUUGCCUAUGUAUUUUAAACAUAGGAAUUUUGCAUCAUUUGUUAGAUAGGUAAUUAUUUUAGAAAUAAGAAUGAUUAGAUGAAUAUGUAUGGAUUUCAUAAGUCAAGAAGUGAUUAGAAAGAAAAUGAAUUUAUUCAUCCACAUUUUAAAAAGGAUUAAAGGUGAGAAUGAAUAUAAAUUUUAGAAAUUUACUUAAGAAAAUAAAGAGAAAAUCAGGAGAACAUGGCGAUGAUUAGUUUGCUUUAAUGGAAUUGAAGCCUCAUAGAAAUUAAAAUAUAUCUGAUGUAAAAUAGUUAUGAAUAAAAAAAAAUUAGAAAUAAAUACAACAAAUAGUAGUAAAAUAACAGGAGUUAGAAAAGGUGUGCAAAAUUCUGAUAGAGUAAAAUAACAAAAUAUUAUAAUGUAAUCAAUAAUUAAGAAAUCAAUUGGUUUAAGAAAAGUAAAUAUGGCAUUGAUGAGAUUACUAGAUUUAAUGGCAAUAAGAAGUUGUAGAAAUUGAAAGAUUACUUUUUAGGAUAGUAAUAAUUAUAAGAUGAUUGUUUACAAGUAAAAUAACGUAUUAAAACAAAGAAACGAACUCUUGAGGAUUUGAUACAAUCAGAUAAUGAAGAUUUAUUACUUCCUAAUAUAAAGAAGGUAAAAGGAGAGGAUUCUGAUAGUACAAUAGAUAAGAUGGAGAAUUUAUAUGUAUAAUAACCUUUAAUGUUGACAAAUACUCUAGUUGAGAAUGAUGGUAUGAUUUAAUUGUUGGAUGAUCAUUAAUUCAAUGAAUUAUACUUUGAUUGAGCU